AUGUUAGUAUUAACAACCUCUUUGGAUAUUCAUAAACCUUACCUUGGUGUCACAAGCAGCCGGGUCGCAAAUUACCCCACCUCCACCCCCUCCACCCCCAACCCCAACCCCAAUGUCUCCAAUGUCACCACCCCCAGUGUCAAUGUCAAUCCCACCACCAUCCCCAUUGCCAAUAUUAUUACCCCCGUGGGAAAUGCCUCCACCUCUAGGUCCACCCCACUUUUCCCGGGCAUCUUCUCCGGAGAGCGCAGUGACAACAGCACAGCACGAAAGGGUUAG